GGCUGGAAGCUUAGGAGUGGAAUACAAAACCAGACGCUAAGUUGGUAAACCACUCACUUUCUGACAAAGCUUCUAUUGUGGCAUUCCACGAUGCUUCCUUAACUCCCAAGACUCCAAAUCCCUUAUUCAUAUUUUGAUUAGGACGAUAUCCUGAUUCAAAUUUUGGUAAAUCGAAGCUUUCCAUCUUUUAGUUCGUGAAGAAGGUUAUCUUUCGAUUUUUCGUUUUUUGCUUUACUCUCCUCCUAUUCCUGUCACGAGAAUUGCCAUUAUUCUGCUCAAGACGGAACUUGAUCAUAAAUUCCAUUUGCUUUUCUUAUUCAUUCCCAAACCGUCCCAUUUCUGCUGUCGAUCGAGCAUUUGAAGUCUUCGUUUUCUUAGCUCAAAGUUGGACUUGGACCUGUUAGUGGAGAUUUAUCUGCUGUACGACCCUGAUUUUCCAAUUGGUUAGUUUUGUUAAUUCAUACAUGAUGAGGAGGGAUCCUCCCUCGGAUAUUGAAAGGAGGGAUCCUCCUCCCUCGGACAUGGAAAGAAAGGGUUCCGGUAAUCUGAGGCGACGCGAUAAUGUGAUUCAUCCGGUGGAGGCAGAGACGUCGGCAUCGUCUUUCCAUUGGCGAAGGGAAUUUCUACCUUUUGGGGAAUGGUUUCCAUGGUUGAUACCUACAUUUCUUCUCGUGAAUGUUACUCUGUUUUUAAUCAGUAUGUACAUUAAUAAUUGCCCGAAGAACUCGGUUUCUUGUGUGGCCCGGUUUCUUGGGCGCUUCUCCUUUCAACCAUUCAAGGAGAAUCCUCUUCUGGGACCUUCCGCAGUCACGCUAGAGAAGAUGGGAGCUCUAGAAGUGAGUAAGGUGGUCCAUAAACACCAGGCAUGGCGCCUUUUUACUUGCAUUUGGUUGCAUGCUGGGGUUUUCCACGUGCUUGCCAACAUGUUAAGUCUUCUGUUUAUUGGAAUUCGACUAGAGCAAGAAUUUGGGUUCGUGCGAAUAGGUUUGCUAUAUGUAAUCUCUGGAUUUGGUGGGAGUUUGUCGUCAGCUCUGUUUAUCCAAUCAAAUAUUUCUGUUGGUGCUUCUGGUGCACUUUUUGGUUUACUUGGAGGCAUGCUUUCUGAACUCAUCACAAAUUGGACAAUAUAUGAAAAUAAGGUCGUCGCCUUGUUGACCCUCCUCUUCAUUAUUGUAGUCAAUUUAGCAGUGGGAAUUCUCCCACAUGUGGACAACUUCGCACACCUUGGAGGAUUUGCUUCAGGUUUUCUCCUUGGGUUUGUGUUUCUCAUUCGCCCACAGUUUGCAUGGGUUAGCCAAAGAAGUAGUGCUCCGAAUCAUACCACAUCUUCAAUGAAACCUAAACACAUGUUAUAUCAGCAUAUACUAUUGGUUCUUGCUUUGAUCCUUCUAAUUGUUGGGUUUGCAGUUGGUUCAGUUAUGCUCUUCCGAGGGGUCAAUGGAAAUGACCACUGUUCCUGGUGCCAUUAUUUGAGCUGCGUUCCUACUUCGUCGUGGAGCUGCAAGUCAGAUGCCAUGUAUUGUUUGUCUAGUCAAAACGCAAACCAGCUGAACUUAACAUGCCAAGGCAGCGGGAGGACCAAGAGUUACCCAUUAUCUAAUGUAUCAGAUUCCCAGAUCAAGGCGCUAUGUGCUCAGCUCUGUAGUUGAUGGUACUCAUAUGGCUCCAAAGAAGGUUGAUGGCUCCUCCAUGCAGGUGGUUUCCAAUGCUGUCCAUUCUUCCUAUACAACUCAUUCGUUUAUAGCUUUCUGCUUUUAACAAUGUGUUGCAUUUCGUGUAACAUGUACAUGUUGGGACUUGAAGUAGUAUAGUCUGCCAAUUCAAUUCCAUUUAUAUGACAAACUGGAUCUUCAGGUAAUCCCUAGAGUGUUUCAGUAAUAACCUAGAUCACUUUAUUUUCUA